AUGGAUCGAAAAUAUUUAUCACAACGAUCGCUUCCUCCAUUAGUUGAAGGUAAAGUUCACGGUUAUCUAGAUUUAACAAUUGAUAAGAUUGUUUGGACUCGUAGGAGUCCUGGAAGUGUCACAGUUGUUGCUUGUUGCCCCUCAGAAACAACCAAGGACACCAGAGACAACACCGAGACAUACUCCAUAAAAACAAAUUUUGAGUUAUUCAAAGAAUAUCUAAAAAACGCAGAAUCUCUGUCACUGUCAGUGCUUUCAAAAAAAACUCAGCAGUCUAUCGGAACAGCUAGUGUUACAAACCUCCUAGAAAUAUUUUCAGGCAAACUAGUAACCUCUGUAUCAAUUUACAGUCCCACUGGGUUAAAGCUCGGAGAAAUAAACAUUUGUUUGCAAUUAUCUCGCCCUCAAAAAAAUAAACCAAGAAAACGAGAAAAAAUGCCGGAGAUAGAAAAAAUUUCUUCAGUCCGUUCUAUUUAUUUUUCGGAAAUAAAUUCCGAUCUUGAUUCUCCAAGACUAACCUCCGAUAAUUACCGUUCAAUUUUACGUGAAAAGCGCACGAAUUUAGAAAACAAAAAGAAUCCCUUGGAUUUAACAGACAGAUUAGUAGCUCAGGUCGUAGCUCGCGCGAGGAAAUUACGCGGAGCUCUGUCUAACGAUUCAAGCGACCCGCUGGCUCUGAGCGACUCUACAAUCGACAGUUACCGGUCUGACGAGUCAGCGGAGAAAGAAGCUGCGCUUUACAAAUAUCUAAUGGGUUCUUCUAUGAGCCGCAGGAAAGAAAAAAAAGCCUUAGAGACACUGAGAACUCAAUCACCGACUCCCAGCUUGAUUGACUUUGCCGUCGAGACAAUAAGGUCUUGCAAUGAGAAUCAUCCCCCUCAAAGUACAGAUCUAGACAAUAAUAAUCAAUAUCUAACUUCGAUUCCAAAAGAAGAGUCCUCUGAAUCAACAACAGCCAACAGAUGGAGCGUCCAGCGGAAAGAAGCUAGUCCAAUUGACUAUGUAGACAGUGUGAGGAUAGUAGUUGACUCUCUGAAACUUACACCAGCGGGUUUCCGACGAGUUAAGUCUUCCUGUCUAUCAAAGAGCGAUUUUCCCGUCUCAGUAACUUACUUUGUCCAGUACGACCCUAGUUUUUUAACAAUCAAGAAGGUUAAUAAGAAAACAAGCUGUGAAAACAAGCCGGUUAAAAUGUGCUCGAAGCAGCAAGAAGAAGAGAAUGUUUACUUCAACCACGAAGCGGUUUAUAAUUUACCCAAGAGUUACUUACGCAUGGAGGUCCCUUUGAGGUUCAAGGUUUUUAAUCGGCACCUCAAUCAACGAACUCCAGCUGAAUUGGGAAUUUGCUCGAUGUACAUCAGCGACGCAGCGCGUUCGUCAACACUAGGCACCACCCAGCGACUCGCCGUUGUUAAAAAGGGAAUAAAAAUAGGCGAACUGAAGGUCAGUGUCGAGCUCGGCUGUGACAAAACUCACUUUGGCAAACAAUUUGUUGAAGCUGUUACUUCUACGAAGGAAAACAUUCCUGUGCUUGAGCUUUCGCCUAAUUUUGCAAGCUCUAGAUAUAAAACUGCUACGGGAGAUAGCAAGUCCAGCAGAGCUACUAGUGCUCCUGAGAAGAAAGAAAGUCUUAGCUGGGGUGGUAAUAAUAAUUGUAAUUAUAAUAAUAUUGAUAGAAAUAUUGAAAAAAAAAGGAGUGUUGAGGUUGAAGAUGUUCCGAGAUUUUCAACUGAAAACACUUUGUUACACGGGUUGAUUUACAUCAGCGACGGCAGAGAUCUUCCGGAUGUUAGUACGUACUUAAUUUGCCGUACUUUUUGGAGGGAGGAUCGCUCGGUUAGUAAAGUAUGCACGGGAAGAAAUCCUUAUUACAAUUUUUAUCAGUUAGUACCGCUGAUUCACAACCUAGAGCUUUUAGAGCGGACUAAAGACAACUGUAUUAUCACGGAAGUUUACUCCAAAAAUGCAACAGAUGAUUCUUUGAUUGGAAUUGCUAAAUUGCCGGUUCAUCAGUUGUAUGUUGCUUAUCGCGAUCCGCUUGUUUUGCAGCAUCUUCUGAGGGCUAAGUAUCCUGUUAUAAGUGUCGACGGGUGGGUGGCGGUCACUGAUCCGGUUAGUGGGAGACACUGCGGAGAAAUUUAUGCGCUGGUAGCUCUAGGAACUGCUGAACAAAUUGCGCUGCUUGAAAUGACUCGUGGAAUUCGCACUCAUACUAAUCUUCCUUCUGUUUCUGCACCUGCUGCUGGUGUUGCUGCUGAUAAUCGACAGAGAAAUGAAAGUCCAGCGGUAAAAACUCAAGAAUGUCAAACGGAAAUAACAGUCGACGCAAAACACACUCAAGAAGACCAAAAUAAUCGCGAUGAAGCGGUGAUCCAUACGAUUGUCGACAGACUAGCGCAAGCGCUGAGCGCUCCUAAGACUAUUGUUGAUCAGGGCGCGCAAACGGAGUUCAAAUUUCAAAAUGAACCUCCGCGAGAUAAGGAGAGACAAAAAAUAAUCCACGUCGAGCCGCUGUGUCUCGAUAAUUUAAAUAACUCUCAGAGUUUUUCUGCGGAAAGUUCGACUGAUAGUCCUCAAGAUAAUUUUAAUAUGUCCCGUGAAAUAUUCCGGAGCGUGGGAGUCGGUGCGGAGUUUGAUGAACCUCCUGAUCAGACUCGCUCGUCAAACACUUGUGAUCAUCCGAGUGACAGCGAUGACAAUGUUGCCGGGACUUCUUUCCAUUUGGCAGACAAUCCGUCCCGAGACUACUUGGCGGCUGAUGUAGAUUCUUGUCAUUCUGAUAAAGACGUUUCUAAUGAGAAAGCUUUCAAAGUAAUGGUAGAGAUUGACUGCGCUUUGCACUUGCCAAAAGUCGAAGUAAAUAAUGAGAUUUUGGAGCCGUGUACUUAUGUAACCUUUCAGAAGUUUCGUACCAACGAUACUAAUAGAAUAGAUGCUUACAUGAUCACGAAUGUUUGUCCGUACAGCUCCAGUCCCAAGUACGAGUGGCGUUGUGAGACUAAAUUGCCGACAGAUUUAUUGAUCAAGGAAGAAAAACGAUUGGUUAUGAAGGUAUGGCGCUUGCUGGCACCGGAUGUUAGUAUGAGUAUUAAUUUGGAAAAGGAUAUACUUGUUGGGAUUUCGGCGAUCGAUUUGUCGGUACUGACCUCCGGGUUCCCGACCAUCUCGGGCUGGUAUCACAUCAUGGACUUUGGCGGUAAAUCUAAUGGACAAUUGAAAAUAAGUAUCACUCCGCUAGAGAAUGUUGUGGGACUCGGGAAAUCUGUUACUACGAGACCGGUUUCUGCUUUUAAUUACACCAAUUUGUCGUCACCUUACUCGGAUGAUUUAGCGAAGCAAGAUCACGAGGGUCAAGAGCAGGACAGUGAGGAGGAAGAAGAUCAGAAUCCUGCUGAAAGUCUCCGUUUCCGCUUGAACGAAGUAACCAGCAAAGCAUUUGAAGACCUGGCCCAACAAUUUGACCCAACUGAGCAGGAUUUUGAGUUUGAAGACAACGAAAAUGACAAAGAAAACGACUUGGAUAACAUUAACGUACCGUGGCUAUCACAGCCACCAGCUGUGAGCAACUCAGUAGAUCAUCCUCGCGAUAUAUCCGAACGAACUAUAAACGGCAACGGAACAGAAGCGCGUCCGAGUGGUACCACCAGCACAGUGGAUACCGGUUACUCCUCAGUAUCCAACACCCGUUCUGCAGCUAGUCUCACAAACGGACACUACAAUCCCACUAAAAACCGUCUUCUUCAAUCCAGCACCAACACCAACAUCAACGGAUCAAGUAACGGCAUUAAUGGUAAAGAUUCACGAGUCAAUGCGGAACAUUCCCCCUAUAGGGUUGAAAAUCCUUGUGUAAGAAAUAACAAAACCGCCUGCAGUAAUCCUGGCGUAUUUAACCUAGAUCUGAAUAACUCAAGUGUUCCAUUAACAAACAAUCAAUACAGAGAUAGAGAUACGAAUCAGCCGGUUCGUGGCACACGAAUGCACAUUAAUCAUUUGUUAGACAAAUUAUCACCGCAAAGUCCUAUCGUACCACCUGCAAUCGGGAAUUCUCCUAUGAAGCGCAGUAUAAUGGAUCUAUUAUCCAGCUUGCGUCAUAAUAAUAAUAAUAACAAUAAUAAUUUAUCAAAUAAUGUUAAGUGUAACCGAGAAGUUAAUUUGCGUACAGUACCAACACAGACGGAAAAUUAUACAAGUAAUUCACGAUUAUUUAAUUUAGAUUCUUCCAAGUGGCUGUACCAUGGUCGAGAAAUCGGGAGAGACGAUGCGGAGAUACCUGCUAAAACUCAGAAGCGAGAAAAAAUAUCUACUGUAAUUCGCGAAGAACUUAUUGCUGAUGAUCAAAAUAAUGACACAGUGGAGUAUGAUUUUUUAUCAGCGCAACUUAUGACUUCUAAUGUCCGUCACAUGGGAAGUUUAAAUCCUCUGUUCUACCCGCAUUUAAUUCCAGACGUCCCAAUUUCUGACGGACAGUCUGCAGGGGCAAACAACGACCGCCAGGAAAAUAAUUCAACGAGUCUGAACUCGGGGGAGGCCGACGAAGCCGUGGAGAGACUAGACAAUCGAUAUGUGGAAAGCUUUAACGCCACUAUCAAUAAAAGUCUGAAGAGAUUGAGAGAUCAGGAUGUUAAUUCAUCGCACAAGUCAACAUCGACUAGCGAAAUUGAUCACAUGUCGACGGUCGCUCUUGGAGAUAGUGCUGACGUAGGAUACUUUGGUGCAAUAGAAACUGGCGAAGUGUCUCGCGUGACUCCUUCUGGUGUUUCCGAGAACGUUGAUGGGAAUAUCGACGUGACUGUUAUUCAUAAACCUUGUAAUGAUGAUUUAAUGGCGUGUAAUAGUGUCGGCUCGACUAUUACAACUACUGGGGCGAUGGUUAUUACUCCGAGUACGAUGACUACUGUGGCUAUUACUACCACAAGUACAAGUACUAACACAACUUCUCAACUUUUGUACGAUAAUGACAUGCAAACAGUUAGCGAAAUCAAUGAUAAUACCUCUUUAAACUCAUCCGAAACUUCCGUUUCUGUUAUAUCACGACAAGCUCCUGAUGGUGGAAAUCCAAUUGAAGAUCCUGGUAGAUUUGUUUCCAAGCCAAAUAAUCACGAACAUGACGACUCCUCCUCAGAAAGUUAA